GGAGUACAAGCCUAUCGAUCGUUUAACAGCAUGCACCUGUGGAUCGAUCGCCUAUAAAUUCGUCUCCAGUUGGUUCAUCCUCUUCCAUAUCUCACCCCCUCUCGCUUAAUAGCACAUCUUGUCCGUCUUAGCUUUGCAUUACAUCCAUGGCGGCAAAGAUGGCGAAGAACGUGGACAAGCCGCUCUUCACCGCGACGUUCAACGUCCAGGCCAGCUCGGCGGACUACGCCACCUUCAUCGCCGGCAUCCGCAACAAGCUCCGCAACCCGGCGCACUUCUCCCACAACCGCCCCGUGCUGCCGCCGGUCGAGCCCAACGUCCCGCCGAGCAGGUGGUUCCACGUCGUGCUCAAGGCCUCGCCGACCAGCGCCGGGCUCACGCUGGCCAUCCGCGCGGACAACAUCUACCUGGAGGGCUUCAAGAGCAGCGACGGCACCUGGUGGGAGCUCACCCCGGGCCUCAUCCCCGGCGCUACCUACGUCGGCUUCGGCGGCACCUACCGCGACCUCCUCGGCGACACCGACAAGCUGACCAACGUCGCUCUCGGCCGGCAGCAGCUGGCGGACGCGGUGACCGCGCUCCACGGGCGCACCAAGGCCGACAAGACCUCCGGCCCGAAGCAGCAGCAGGCGAGGGAGGCGGUGACGACGCUGCUCCUCAUGGUGAACGAGGCCACGCGGUUCCAGACGGUGUCGGGGUUCGUGGCCGGGCUGCUGCACCCCAAGGCAGUGGAGAAGAAGAGCGGGAAGAUCGGCAAUGAGAUGAAGGCCCAGGUGAACGGGUGGCAGGACCUGUCCGCGGCGCUGCUGAAGACGGACGUGAAGCCCCCGCCGGGAAAGUCGCCAGCGAAGUUCACGCCGAUCGAGAAGAUGGGCGUGAGGACGGCGGAGCAGGCGGCGGCUACGCUGGGGAUCCUGCUGUUCGUGGAGGUGCCGGGUGGGUUGACGGUGGCCAAGGCGCUGGAGCUGUUUCAUGCGAGUGGUGGGAAAUAGGUAGUUUUGCAGGUAUACCUGCAUGGGUAUUGUAAAAGUCGAAUAAAAAUGUCACAGAGUGACGGACUGAUAUAAAUAAAUAAAUAAAUAAACAUGUCACAGAGUGACAGACUGAUAUAAAUAAAUAAAUAGCAGAAUAAAUAAACAUGUCCAGUUUAUAUUGUGUCCAA